AUGUACGGGCGACAAGCCGUCCACUCAGAGAAACCGGGAACAUCGCCAAACCAGUAUCGAGCCGCCCUGGAAAGGCUCUUUCCAGACAAGACCCCCGAGAACAUAGUCGAUCUGCCCCGGGAGGCGCUGGUCGAGUUGAUGAAUGGAGGCGGGUCUCAAUCGGGCCAGCAUCUGGAUUCGCCGACCAUCGCUGCGUCUAUACAAACCCAUAACUCCGCAUUGUCUCUAGGACAGCCAGUGCUGGAGUCCUUGCAUUCGAUGCCCGAGGAAGGCCUCGACCAAGGCCAGUGUACUAGCCGCUCCGGGUCCCUGGAGCAGAUCUCCGAUGAUGUUAAUGCGCUUUCCCUGACCACCCGGCAGCCCGCUUCGUACUUGGGGGUAUCCUCUAUCCAGGCGGCGUUGAAGGUCAUCGCAUGGCUGCUGCCGCAGUCCAAGCCAUACGCAUCCCAAGCCCUGCCGCGAGAUCACAGCGACCGAGCCGCGAAUCCAACCCCGUCGUUAAGCACGCAGUCCGGCCUUGCGCCCACCGAAGGGGAAAUCCUAGAUGCGUAUUUUGUCGACUUUCACACGCUCGCGCCACUGCUGGAUGAAAAAAGUUUUCGCGGCACCCACUUGGCUGGGAACAGGACAGAUAGUCGAUGGCUAGCGCUGUUGAACAUAGUGCUCGCGUUGGGGAGUAUUGCCGCCUCGGGCCCAGAUAACCACACCCACAGGACAUAUUUUGACCGUUCGAUGAAUCUCCUGAAUUUAGCGACCCUCGGAGCACCUACCAUAGAGACUGUUCAGACCCUAGGUCUCAUCGGGGGCUGGUAUUGUCACUAUAUCAGCCAGCCAAACCUCGGGUAUUCUCUGAUAGGCGUGGCUCUGCGCAUGGCGGUUUCGCUAGGGCUACAACGUGAGCCCUAUGACAGCCAUUUGGUGCUGGACCCUGCACAGGCUGCGUAUCAGGAGUACAAACGUCGUGUAUGGUGGGCCCUCUGCUGUCUGGAAACAUGGGGCCAUGAAACCCUCGGCCGGGCGUGUAUGGAUUUCUUUGCUCCAACCAUCACCGUCUCCCAGCCUCGCUUGCUUGAUGAGGAAAGCUAUAUAGCAAUCCUUCCAUUGAUUGAAAAUGUCGAAUUCAUCAAAGUCGCUUCCAGAAUACAGGAAGCGUUAGCCUCCAUGCCAAUGAUCACACACUCAGAAACACUUGGCAUGGAUACACAGCUUCUCCAAUGGUGGGACAACUUACCCCCGGCCCUUAGAGAUUAUGAACCAUGCCCUGAGUCACUGUACACCGCGCGGACGGUCAUGCGCUGGCGGUUUUAUAAUCAACGCAUGCUGCUAUAUCGCCCAACGCUUCUAGGCUACGCCAUGCGACGGGUCCCUUUUAUGACUAUUCGGAUGGAGGAGCGUAAUGCCAUUCUUAAGUGUCGUGAAAUUGCGGAAAUUACUAUUCAAGAUAUUUCCAUGGCGACAAGAUUGAAUCAAAUCAUCGGCUGGAAUGGCGUCUGGUUUUUGUUUCAGGCAACUAUGGUGCCUUUAAUUUAUUUAUCCACUCGCUCCAGAAAUGACGAUUCCGCCGCUUCCUUUGCAGCUUGCAAGUCGCAGGUUGAGAUAGCUAUGUUGACACUCGACCGAAUGACACCCUACGGACACACCGCACAACGCUCCUUGGAGGUUAUUUCGGGAAUUCUUGAAGCUUGUCUGGGAGGAACUGCCGUGGAAACGCAAACGCCCAGUACAACCACCGAGGGUCUCAGAUACCAGAAUAUCACUGGAGUGAAUGCGUUUGAUUCUUACCCACUUGCUACAGGAGAUCAACUUUCGGACUGGACUGUUAUGUCUUUCGAAAACCUUCCAUCACAGUCGAUGUGGGAAUUUUUGAGUUGGGGUGCUGAAGAUUUCUGGUCAGGCGUGCCUGGUCUCGAUGUUGCCAAUCAGGACAUUUCUAUGUUACAACCCCCAGGGGGACGGAGGUGGCCGAAUGCGGAGCAUCAUUGA